UCUUGCCCGCCCCUCUCCGCCGGAGGAAGAAGAAGAAGAAGACGAAGAGGAGGAGGCAAGCGCGCCCCUUCUCGCACCCCGACGCGACCCUUCUUUCCGUGCCCACCCGGAGGAGGCCCAGCCGCCAGGAGAAAAGCCGAAGCAGCGGGCCCGGCGUGGGCGUGGGCGCUGGCUCUUUGGCUGGCCGAGAAGGGGGCCCGGCAGCCAUUCCGGGGAGGCGGAGGAAGAGGCGGCCGGAGGAGGAGGCGGCGGCGGCGGCGGUCGGCGCGGUGCCUCUCUCUCCGGCGGCGCGGGCCGCCAUGUCCCGCUCCAACCGGCCGCGCGACUAUCAGUGCGGGGACCUGGUCUUCGCCAAGAUGAAGGGCUACCCGCACUGGCCCGCCCGGAUCGAUGAGAUGCCAGAGUCAGCCGUCAAAUCGGCUUCCAACAAAUACCAAGUCUUUUUCUUUGGGACUCAUGAAACGGCAUUCCUGGGGCCCAAAGACCUCUUCCCGUACGAGGAGUGCAAGGCCAAGUUUGGCAAGGCCAAUAAGCGGAAAGGCUUCAGCGAAGGCCUCUGGGAGAUUGAAAACAACCCUACCGUCAAGGCCUCGGGAUACCAGCCCACCCAGAAGAAGGCCUCUGCCACGGAAGAUGCCAAGGGCGAGCGGGAGAGUGGCAAGAAAGGCAGCCCGGAGGGGAGCAGCGACGAAGAGGGCAACCUGGUGAUCGACGAGCAGUCCAAGGAGAAGAACGAGAAGGCAGCCGGGAAUAAAAGGAAAGCAGAGGGCACCCUGGAGGACUCCUCCCCCAAGCGCCUCAAGGAAGCCGAGGGUCAAGAGGAUGCUGGCGAGGAGAAGCCCAGUGGCGAGGAUGCCCCCAAGGAGCCGGCCGAGAAGCAAAAGCCCAGCCUCCCAGAAGGAGAGCCAGAGAAGAACAGCAGCGGGAGCGGGAACCCCUCCGAGAAGCCCAAAGCGGAGGACGAGGGGAAGGACAAGACCACCACCGAGGAAGAGGAGGAAGAGGACGAGGAGGAUGAGGAGGAAGAGGAAGAAAGCAGAGAUCACAAGGAGAGCCUGUAACUGGCCGUCCUGGCCUGUUUCGUUGGACCUGAUCCGGACCUGCUGGUUUCCCUGGGUGCUAAGAGCCGGAUUUUUGCCACCCUUGGCUUGCCGUCUCUGCCACUUCGGAGGGAAGGGGAAGACCCGCGGUCGAGGCACCAACAUUUCUACAGAAGCGAACGGAAAUUUCUCCCACCCGCCCAGCCAACUUGCGUCUCCCCCCGGCUGGCUGUUCGGCCGGUCCUGCGCUUUUGAGUUAGUUCCUUUCCAGGGUUGGGAGUGCUCAGCAGCCACUUUGAAAUAAAAGCAGUUGAAUGCCUUUUUCAAAAAAAAAUUCCAAAAA